AUGUCAGAAAGGGAAUUUAAUGUCCAUUGCCGAGUUGUCAUCAAGAACCUCCACUAUCUCACUACAGAGGAGGAUUUGCGUGCCUUGUUUGAGAAAUACGAUCCUUAUACCGUCAAGUUGGGCAAAGGCGGAAAGCGAAGGUCUUAUGGAUUUGCUUACGUUGAGUUUCUGACUCGAGAACAAGUUGAAGAAGCUGUCAAGGAGCUAAAUGGAAGUGCUCUCAAUGGGAAGAAGCUCAUAAUUAAGGCUUAUCAAAUAUACAGACCUUACCAAAGGUCGUGGUGGAAAAGAAAGGGAUCUACCGCUGGAAAGAAAGAGCCUAUUGCUAAGGCAAAAGAGAGCGCUGCUCCUUGUGCUGAACCACAUGUUGAUACUGUUGCAAAAAAUCGAAUUUUGAUCUCCAAUGUAAGAGGUAACAUCACAGAGGUGAGAAUCGAGCAUUUCUUGAAAGAUUAUAACCCUAGCAACAUUUACAUUUGCAAAAACAAAAAGUCGAUUAUGAAUCCAAUGAAACUCACUAGCUCCUACUUUAGCGUCUUGGCAACGAUCGAUUCACCAACGAAAAAGUUUGACGAGAUUAUAAAAUCUUUGAAAUCAAAGAAGCUAAAUGGGAGACGAGUCGAGUUGAAGCCAGCAACCCCCGACGAGAUUAAAGAAAUUGAAAAAGCAGCAAUUGCCCCAGAUUUUAGAAAUCCAAAUGUCGAGAGUAUUGAACAGAUGGCUAGUUUAAAUUCUGAGGCAGAACAAGCCUCACCAGAUAUCCCAAUGGAAUUGGAUUCUCAAGAUCCGACUUCGAUGAUAGUUAGUCCUGGUCUGACCAUCAGUUCUAACUUUGAUGCUAGGAUCAAUUCUCCUUAA